AUGGCCAAGCCUAGAUUAAUCAUCCUCGUCCGUCAUGCUCAGUCAGAGGGAAACAAGAACCGUGAUAUCCAUCAGACGGUCCCCGACCACCGAGUCAAGUUGACACAAGAUGGCUGGAGCCAGGCGUACGAGGCCGGACGGCGGCUGCGAGGCCUCCUCCGACCAGACGACAAGAUCCACUUCUUCACCUCACCUUACCGCCGCACCCGAGAGACGACCGAGGGCAUGCUGAGCACCCUGACGUCAGAUGAGCCGGGCCCCUCACCCUUUCGCCGCUCCAACAUCAAGGUCUACGAGGAGCCGAGGCUGCGCGAGCAGGACUUUGGGAACUUCCAACCCUGCAGCGCCGAGAUGGAGCGCAUGUGGCAGGAGCGCGCCGACUACGGCCACUUCUUCUACCGCAUCCCCAACGGCGAGAGCGCCGCCGACGCCUACGACCGCGUCAGCGGCUUCAACGAGAGCCUAUGGCGCCAGUUUGGCGAGGACGACUUCGCCAGCGUCUGCGUCCUCGUCACCCACGGCCUCAUGUCGCGCGUCUUCCUCAUGAAGUGGUAUCACUUCACCGUCGAGUACUUUGAGGACCUGCGUAACGUCAACCACUGCGAGUUCCUCAUCAUGCGCAAGCAGGACAACGGCAAGUACUUUCUCGAGAACAACCUGCGCACCUGGUCCGAUCUGCGUCGCGAGCGCGCCCUCCGCGAAGCCGCCGCCACCGCCGCCUCUGCCACCCCCAGCACCGGCACCGGCACCAGCACCGGCACCAGCACCAGCGCCGGCACCAGCGCCGGCACCAGCACCAGCACCAGCAACAAUGCCGACGCCAAGGACAAGGACAAGGACAAGGACAGGGAUGCUAACGGCCUGGUGCCGGCGGGCCCGUCUCCCAACCCGCGCAGACCCGUGCGCCAGAGGACCAUCCACCUGCCCCGGCAGUGGGGUGGCUGCCCUAACGGAUGCAACCACAGCCGCCACCACAUCAGCAAGCGAGACGACCUCGAGCUCCUCCGCCAAAAGGACACGGAGCAUGCAGCCGCCGCCGUGGCCGCCUCCCCGGCCACGGCCACGACGACCGCCUCGAGCAGGAAGACACCGCCGGCCAACGGCAUCAGCUCCGACGAGGGCGGCGCCGACUCAUCAUCCGCCUCCGAGGACCGUCACCACCACAGCUACCACCACCACAACCACAACCACCACUCCAAACCUCGUCCGGCCGACAUCUCCCAGCAGGCGAUCAAGCCCAAGUUCGACGCCGGCGGCGAACCGAUCCUCUCCUCGCCCGACUUCCCCCCCGACAGCCCGUCGGCCGGCCACGCCCAGCACUACCACUCCCUCAACGUCAUCGGCGACGACACGGAGGGCCACGACGCAGACGAGGACGACAAUGCCACCAGCUCCGCCACGGGCGGUCAUGCCAAAGCCGCCGUCGCCGGCUGCCCGAACAACAACGACGACGACAACGCCAACAAUACCAGCAUGACCCUGCUCCAUGUCGGUCGUGACUUUGGUGGCAGCUACUCUGGUCGCGGCUCAUCGGGCGGCAGCGACACCGAGGCCUCGGAUGACGACGGCGACGACGACAACGGCGCCGAGCACCACCACAAGCAGAAACCUACAAACGCCCACGUCCACCACAACCACCGCGUCGCUUCGCUGAAUACGCGCAUCCGCAUCGCAAACGCCAAGUCCCUGCAGCACAGGCUGGAAAAGGACCCGAAGAGUGUCGAGAGCGCCGGUGCUGCUGCGGUCACCGCCACCGCCACCGCCACCGCCACCGUCGUCCCCCCCCUUGGCGGCGGCGACAAGGAAGUCACGAGACCGGGAGGCAUGGAGACGGGUCAUGAUUCCGAGUUUGAAGGCGAUGGUGAGACUCUUGAGAAGCUGGAGGCUGAGGAUCGUAGUAUAAGGGGGAGUGUGUAUUAA